AUAAAUGGAAGAUGGCUCCUCAUAUAAAAACAGUCUUCUGGGUCGCCCUCAGCGUGCUUCAAAAUAACUCUUUAUACCUUAAUAGGUUGAAAUAUUUAUCCGCGAAGAGUUCUGAGGGGUAACGUCAGCUAUAGAUUGAUAUGCGAAUGGUAUUCAGCGAUAUUUCGUGGGAGAAGAUACCGAAGAUACAAGCGGGACAACUUUGUAGCCAUGAAUCGGUGGUGAACUCCCUCCGUUCGGUAGACAGAGUCGGGCUGGUCACAAGCACACAGCCUGGGCCUCGGCUAGCUAGCGGCAGCUGCUAACUAGCUAAUGACUUCAUCUAGCUGCUGUUGUCCGCCGCAUUGGAACUGUUAAACAGCAGAGAGGAACACUUCUCAAAUCACUGGUUGCCUGUUGAAUGCGGGGCGUAAGAAGGCCAUACAAUAAGUGACCAUGGCUGUAUCAAGACUCGAUCGUUUGUUUAUCUUGCUUGACACCGGGACAACGCCAGUAACCAGGAAAGCAGCAGCCCAGCAGCUUGGAGAAGUGGUCAAACUCCACCCACAUGAACUCAAUAACCUCCUGUCAAAGGUCUUGGCCUACCUAAGGAGUCCCAAUUGGGACACUCGAAUAGCAGCAGGCCAAGCUGUAGAGGCCAUUGUAAAGAAUAUUCCUGACUGGGACCCGACACCCAAGCCUAAAGAAGAGUCCAGUGAAGACUUGUCUCCAGAGGACUCCGCUUGUGACCGCUUGACUUUCUACCACUUUGACAUCUCCCGGCUUCUCAAACACGGGGCCUCUCUGCUGGGAUCCGCAGGGGCCGAGUUCGAGCUGCAGGAUGACAAAACUGCCGAGAUGGACCCUAAGGAGCGUCUGGCCCGCCAGAGAAAGCUCCUCCAGAAGAAGCUGGGUCUGGACAUGGGCGCCGCCAUUGGCAUGGACACCGAGGAGCUGUUCAACGACGAGGACCUGGACGACAGCUGCCCACCCAGUGGGCUCACAGCCCACGGAAGCAAAGGCACAGCUGGAUCCAGCUCCCGCAACCACGUGCCCAUUCAGGCCGCUGACUUGAUUGACUCUGAGUUCCGGCCAGGCAUGAGCAGUCGUCAGAAGAACAAGGCUAAGAGGAUGGCCAAGCUAGUGGCCAAACAAAGAUCCAGAGACGUGGAGCCAAAUGAAAAGAGUAACGACAGCUUUGAGGGGGAACCUGAAGAGAAGCGAAGAAAAACCACCAAUGUUGUCAUUGACCAACCGGCAACUGAGAACAAAGUCUUGAUAGACAACGUUCCAGACGACUCCAGUCCUUCAGAGGAGAUACAAGAGUGGCCUCUGGAGAGCUUCAGUGAAGAGCUCUGCAAUGACCUCUUCAAUCCGUCAUGGGAGAUCCGUCAUGGUGCAGGCACAGGUCUUAGAGAAAUCCUCAAGUCCCAUGGUGCUGUGGGCGGGAAGCUGGUGGGAAGCACUGCAGAGCAGAUGUUGCGGCAGCAUCAGGAGUGGAUAGAGGACCUGGUCAUCCGGCUGCUCUGCGUCUUCGCUCUGGAUCGCUUUGGAGACUUUGUAUCUGAUGAGGUGGUGGCCCCUGUCAGGGAGACGUGCGCUCAGACACUCGGCGUGGCCCUUCGCCACAUGAACGAAACUGGCGUUUCCAUGACGGUAGACGUCCUGCUGAAGCUCCUAAAAGAAGACCAGUGGGAGGUCCGUCAUGGAGGCCUGCUCGGGAUCAAGUACGCCCUGGCUGUCCGACAGGACCUGAUCUCCACCUUACUGCCCCGGGUGCUCCCUGCCAUCACUGUAGGCCUACAGGACCUAGAUGAUGACGUCAGGGCCGUGGCAGCCGCAGCCCUCAUCCCUGUGGUGGAAGGCUUGGUACAGCUACUGCCUAAUAAGGUACCUUUUAUCGUGAACACGCUGUGGGAUGCUCUUUUGGACCUGGACGACCUCACCGCUUCCACCAACAGCAUCAUGACGUUGCUGUCCUCGCUGCUCACCUACACACAGGUCCGCCAGUGCAGCAUGCAGCAGUCAUUAACAGUCCUGGUCCCUCGGGUUUGGCCGUUCCUGAGACACACCAUAGCAUCAGUGAGACGGGCAGCACUGGAAACCCUUUUCACGCUGCUGUCUAAAGCUGACGAGAGCUGUGCAGUGUGGAUCAACCCCAUCCUACAAGAGAUGCUGCGGCACAUCUUCCAGUCGUGCAUACUGGAGAGCAACGAGGAAAUCCUUGAGCUGAUUCAUAAGGUGUGGAUGGAGCUGCUGUCUCAGGCCCCGCAGCAGUACGUGGUGGCAGCCAGCUGUCCGUGGAUGGGCGCCUGGCUCUGUCUCAUGAUGCAGGCCUCGCACAUUCCCAUCGACAUCAACAUGCUGCUGGAAGUGAAGGCCCGCUGCAAGGAUAAGGCGGGUGCAAAGGCUCGUCUAGGAACCAAUCAGGUGAAGGAAACGGUUGAGUAUAUAGCCGGUGCAGAGACGGUGAUGGACGACCCACUGACGCGGGACUACGUAGUGGUCCGUUCUCGCCUCAUGGCUGCCAAAUUGCUGGGGGCUCUGUGUCGGUGUAUCUGUGACCCUCAGCUCAAUGCUGCGUCUCAGGAGAUCCGACCGGCGGAGUCUUUAGGCCAGCUGCUGCUCUUCCACCUCAACUCCAAGUCUGCCCUCCAGCGCAUAGCUGUGGCUCUGGUGCUUUGCGAGUGGGCCGCAGUGCAGAAGGAUUGUCAGGUGGUGUCGUCGAUGGUGCAGCCUCGUCUUCUGGCCAUUCUGUCGGAGCAUCUGUACUACGACGAGAUCGCCAUCCCCUUCACGCGCAUGCAGAACGAGUGCAAGCAGCUCAUUACGCUGCUAGCCGAUGCCAACAUAGACCUGCAAGACCGCCUCAAUUGUAGCGUUUUCACUAUUGAUCAAGCCAAUGAACUGGUAACCGCCAUCUUCACAGAGUCAACGGUGGGUCUUGACGUGAAGUCUGAUCAGUGGCAGGCGCUGGACGGUAAACGGCAGCAGGCCCAAUCCACGGUGACUGAGACCAACACGGACUGGCAGCAGCUGCAUCUGCGCGUCCACAUGUUCACGGCGUGCGCAGUGAUUAACCUGCAGGUGCUUCCCGAAAAGCUCAACCCACUGGUCAGGCCUCUGAUGGAGACGGUCAAGCGGGAGGCGAACACCCUCAUCCAGGGGUACGCCGCGUCUUUUAUAGCCAAGCUGCUGCAGCAGUGUGCCGGACGCUCGCCGUGCCCCAACCCCAAGAUCAUUAAGAACCUCUGUGCCUCGGCCUGCAUGGACUCCGCCGUCACGCCUUCAUCCGCCUGCCCCGUUCCCCUCACACAGGAAAAUGCCAAAGCCUUAGGCGGUGGGUUGGAGAAAGAUUGCAUUCAUCACAUGGUCAACAAAACCCGCGGCAUAAUCACCCUGUACCGGCACCAAAGGGCAGCGUUUGCCAUCACCAGUAAGAGGGGUCCCGCCCCUAAAGCCCCCAAAAACCCCACCACAGAGCUUCCUCCAGGCAGCACCAUCUGCACUGAUAACGACGAGAGCAAGAAGCCAUUUCUUAUUCAGAGGCGAGGGGCGGAGUUCUCCCUGACAACAGUUGCCAAGCACUUCGGUGCAGACUUCACCAAAUCUCUGCCGUACUUAUGGGAGAACACAGUGGGACCACUGAGAACAGUGGUGACUGAAAACCAACAAAUUGACAGAGAGGUCCAGCUGGAGAGGGGAGACUCUGCAGCUCAGGAACUGGUCAACUCUCUACAAGUGCUGGAAGUCAUGGCCGGGGCCAUGGCUGCUGAACUCAAGCCUUUGCUGCUGGAGCGCCUACCCCAUCUGUUCACCUGUCUGCAGCACCCGUACACAGCAGUGCGUCACAUGGCAGCACGCUGUGUGGGCGUGCUCAGCAAGAUAGCCAUGCUGGAGACCAUGAACCGCUUCCUCGGGUGCGUCCUCCCCUGGUUGGCUGCUAUUGAAGACUGCACCAAACAGGAGGGUGCCAUCGAGGCUUUAGCCUGUGUCAUGGAGCAGCUUGAUGUGGACAUUGUGCCCUACAUUGUGCUGCUCGUAGUGCCGGUGCUCGGCCGUAUGAGCGACCCCAGCGAUAGCAUUCGUUUCAUGGCCACGCAGUGCUUUGCCACGCUCAUCCGCCUGUUGCCCCUCGAGGCCGGUAUACCAGACCCUCCGGCCAUGUCCGCUGACCUGAUCCGCCAGAAGGCCAGAGAACGCCACUUCCUGGAGCAACUGCUAGAUAGCAGAAAACUGGAGAACUACAAGAUCCCAGUUCCAAUUAAGGCGGAGCUCAGGAAGUACCAGCAGGACGGAGUGAACUGGCUGUCCUUCCUGAACAAAUACAAGCUGCACGGGAUCCUGUGUGACGACAUGGGCCUCGGCAAGACUCUGCAGUCCAUCUGCAUCCUGGCAGGAGAUCACUACCUCAGGGUCCAGGAAUAUGCCAGGACUAAGGCCCCAGACAUCAGCCCCCUGCCCUCUCUGGUAGUGUGUCCUCCCACACUAACCGGCCACUGGGUGGACGAAGUGAGCAAAUUCUGCACCAAAGAAUACCUCAACCCACUGCACUACACCGGGCCUCCUACUGAACGAAUGCGGCUGCAGCACCAAGUGAAGAAACACAACCUUGUAGUAGCCUCUUACGAUGUUGUACGGAAUGACAUCGACUUUUUUAGGAAUAUCAAAUUUAAUUACUGCAUCCUCGAUGAGGGUCACGUCAUCAAGAACGGGAAAACCAAACUCUCCAAAGCCAUCAAGCAGUUGGCUGCCAACUUCAGAAUCAUCCUGUCAGGAACGCCCAUUCAGAACAACGUCCUGGAGCUCUGGUCAUUGUUUGACUUCCUCAUGCCGGGAUUCCUCGGAACAGAGCGGCAGUUCGCCGCUCGCUACGGUAAACCCAUCCUGGCCAGCCGGGAUGCCAAAAGUUCCUCACGGGAACAGGAGGCAGGUGUCCUGGCAAUGGAGGCCCUACAUCGACAGGUGCUACCCUUCCUUCUGAGGAGGAUGAAGGAGGAUGUCCUCCAGGACCUUCCUCCUAAAAUCAUUCAGGACUAUUACUGCAACCUGAGUCCUCUACAGGUUCAGUUAUACGAAGACUUUGCAAAGUCUCGAGCCAAGGCCAGUGUGGAGGACAGCAUCUCUGAUACGUCUACAGGAGAGGAGAAGCCUAAGUUGAAGGCCACAGGCCAUGUCUUCCAGGCUCUGCAGUACCUGAGGAAGCUGUGUAACCACCCGAGCUUGGUGUUGACCCCGCAGCAUCCCGAGUACAAGCGCAUCAGCGAGCAGCUCGCAGGUCAGAGCUCCAGUCUGCGGGACCUCCAGCACGCGCCCAAACUCUCCGCUCUCAAACAGUUGCUGUUGGACUGCGGUCUAGGAAGCAGUGGAGGAUCGGAGGGGGGCCCAGAGGCCGUCGUGGCCCAGCAUCGUGUGCUCAUCUUCUGUCAGCUCAAGAGUAUGCUGGAUAUCGUGGAGCACGACCUCCUGAAACCCAAACUGCCCUCGGUCACCUACCUGAGGCUGGACGGCAGUGUGCCGGCCGGCAUGCGACACUCCAUCGUUUCCAGGUUUAACAAUGACCCAUCCAUCGACGUGCUGCUGCUGACCACCCAUGUCGGGGGCCUAGGUCUGAACCUGACGGGUGCAGACACCGUGGUGUUUGUGGAACAUGACUGGAACCCCAUGAGGGACCUUCAGGCCAUGGAUCGUGCCCAUAGGAUAGGACAGAAACGGGUGGUGAACGUGUACAGGCUGAUCACCCGGGGCACGCUGGAGGAGAAGAUCAUGGGCCUGCAGAAGUUCAAGAUUAGCAUCGCCAACACCAUCAUCAGCCAAGACAACGCCAGCCUGCAGAGCAUGGGCACGGACCAGCUGCUCAACCUCUUCAGUCUCGACAAGGGGGAGAAGGGUGAGCAGCAGUCGUCGUCGACCUCGGGGAAGUCCUCCAUGAAGUCUGUGCUGGACGGCCUGGGGGAGCUCUGGGACCAGCAGCAGUACGACACGGAGUACAACCUGGACAGCUUCAUGCACUCACUGCAGUAGCACUGCAUGACACCCCCCCCCCCCCACACACACACACACACACACAGCCUCCAUAUGCUGGCCGAGCAGGACCCUGGUCAGAGCGCCGAGGACACGCCCGUUGCUGCAUUCUACUACCCCUCACACACACACUUUAAACAACCUAACUAUAGGAAGUCACUGAUGGGGAAUUGUUACAAAUGUCCCAAAGCAAUAACUAAAACACAGCCAAAAUAGGAAAUAAAUCUUUAUUUUUUUGCUUCAGCAAUGAUGAUGAUGUCUGUACAAGGUCAGACACCCUGUAAUUCUAUGUUGAGCGCAAAACCACCCAGGUUUUCAACAAGCCCUCUUUAGAGGAUUUAAUGGUAUGACGAUGCGACAAACGCCUCCAGUGUUUUUAAAUGGUCCAUGGGAGUUUACAGCACCGUCACCGCUGUAGUACAGUGUUGCUGCUGUGGUCUCAAGCAUCCAGAGCAUCAUACUUAUAGUGGUCUUUUGUAGUAGCGGCACCAGGUGCUGCUUUUACAGCCCGCCGCCCUCCUCCCACAUCGCAUUGCCAGAGUAUACAGUGUUAACUGCUUCAGACACCUGUACUGCCCCACUACCACUCUCACAUCCCCCCCCCCCCUCCCCCUCAUCACCACAAGGUCUUAACAGCACUGCGAUGUCGUCACGCCGCUCUGUGGCCAUCAAGAGUCUUUAGCGUGGCGUAACGAUGACCUGGGGAAGCACUGCGCUCGAAGCAGCAUUACAGAGACGGGACACGGGGCCAAGCUGAGACUGGUACCGGAAACUUGUCACCAGUAUUUUAAAAAGAAAAGACUUGUACAUAUUUCUGUAGUUGCUGCUUUUUGUUUAUGACUGUGGAAUUGGAAUAAAUUCUACAGACCUUUUGCAAUACAAAG